CACACGACACAACCCACAGACGCACACUUGCCUCUGCCCCAUACUAGCUGCACCUUUGGCCGACUGGCUCACUCUCUGGCUUGCACUCACUCUCUCUCUUUCAUCCGUUAUCGCCGAAAGCUCUCUCACACCUGCGCCCAUCUCAUCAUCAAUCGACUCAUCACCAUCACGGUCGGACUGACACACACACACACACUACACACACACACACCCGCCCUUCCGCAGCUCGCUCCUCAUCCUCCUUCACCACCUGAACCGCCCUGGAGCUCUUCAUAUUAAGCUCCACUCUUUCCCACUCUCUCUCUCCUCCUCCAUCCCUUCCUCCACAAGACAAUACAUCCUUCCUUUGUCCAUUGCUUCGUCUGUCGUCGCCGUAUAGCUCUCACCACCACCACCACCACCACCACCACCACCCGUAGACCAUCCUCCCGCAUCUUCAAACCGCCGUCAUGAGGUCGUUUGUCGGCUUCACCCUGCCACUGUUGGCUGCUGCCUCGCCAGUCGUCGUGAGCACCAUCCACAACGAUGCUGCUCCCAUCAUCUCCUCAUCCAACGCCGAAUACAUCCCCAACAGCUACAUGAUCAAGUUCAAAGAUCAUGUCGACCACAAAUCCGCGAAGAACCACCACGCCUGGGUGCAGGACAUCCACGCCUCCACCCAGCAGGUCAAGAUGGACCUGAAGAAGCGCUCGCAGUCGCCCAUGGUCGACGAGAUCUUCCACGGUCUCAAGCACACCUACAACAUCGCCGGUGGCCUCCUCGGCUACUCUGGCCACUUCGAUGAGGACGUCAUCGAGAAGAUCCGUCAGCACCCUGAUGUUGAGCUCGUUGAGCGGGAUCAGGUCGUCUACACCACCUCCAACACCGAGAACGGUGCGCCAUGGGGUCUCGCCCGUAUCUCCCACCGCGACAGCUUGUCGUUCGGCAGCUUCAACAAGUACCUUUACGAUGGUGAAGGUGGCGAGGGUGUCGAUGUCUACGUGAUCGACACCGGCACCAACGUCGACCACGUCGACUUCGAGGGCCGUGCCGCAUGGGGCAAGACCAUCCCCGCCGGUGACGAGGACAAGGACGGAAACGGACACGGCACUCACUGCUCCGGCACUGUUGCUGGUAAGAAGUAUGGUGUGGCCAAGAAGGCCCACGUCAAGGCCGUCAAGGUCCUCCGCUCCAACGGUUCCGGCUCGAUGUCCGAUGUCGUUUCCGGUGUCGAAUGGGCCGCCGAGGCACACACCGAGCAGGUCAAGGCUGCAAAGGACGGCAAGCGCAAGGGCUUCAAGGGCUCCACCGCCAACAUGAGCUUGGGUGGUGGCAAGUCUCCCUUCCUCGACAAGGCCGUCAACGCCGCCGUCGACGCUGGUAUCCACUUCGCUGUGGCCGCCGGUAACGACAACGCCGACUCUUGCAACUACUCUCCCGCCGCCGCCGAAAAGGCCGUCACGGUCGGUGCCAGCACCCUCCGCGACGAGCGCGCCUACUUCUCCAACUACGGCAAGUGCAAUGACAUCUUCGCCCCCGGUCUCAACAUCGAGUCCACCUGGAUCGGUAGCAAGUACGCCAUCAACACCAUCUCCGGUACCUCCAUGGCCUCUCCCCACAUCGCCGGUCUCCUCGCCUACUUCCUCUCCCUCCAGCCCUCCAAGGACUCCGGCUACGCCGUCGCCGCCAUCACUCCCAAGCAGCUGAAGGAGGACCUCAUCUCCAUCGCCACCAAGGGCGCCCUCAGCGACGUUCCCUCCGGCACCACCAACCUCCUCGCCUGGAACGGCGGAGGUGCCCACAACUACACCGACAUCAUCAGCGCCGGCGGCUACGAGGCCAAGCACACCGCCUCCCUCGUCGAGGACAUCGUCGGCGAGGUCCAGCACGAUGUCAAGCUGGUCAAGGAGACCUCGAAGAAGGGAAUCAAGAGCAUGCUCAAGAACCUCGAUGCCUCCCUCGAGGAGAUCAAGAGCUCCAUCCACGACCUGUUGGAGUAGAGGAUGGAUAGUUCGGAUUAUGUUUUUGAGUACACACGCGCACAACACGAAUCACAUGAGGAAAUAUAAAUUCAUUGGCAUCGGAGUCAGAUUGUAGUUCCCUUCCUCUCCUCUCCCAUGGACUGGACUCGCAUAUGCAUCGUACCGCGAGAAAUUGUGAUCUCAUUUCUUUGUAUAGGGACCGGGAAUCAAAUGUCAUUUCAUCUUAAC